UAUUUCACUUGUUUCGCUUUCAAUGGAUGUUCCGGUACUUGAAACCGAACAUCUAAGUUUUGUUAGAAAUCGUCACAGAUGCCUUCUAUGUCAGUUCCAAUUGAAAGAUUUGAUUAAACCCGAUACAUUGAUUAGGUUUGUAGAACAUAUCCGAAAAAAUUUAAUGACGCACUAGUACCGUUAUCAGAUAAGUGAUGAUAAUUAUUGAACAGUACCAGUAUAUCGCGGUUUAAUGUAGCGAGUGCACCAUGAAGCGAUUUUACUUUUUGGUUGUAUUAUUCCAAGGUUUAACUAACCACUUAGCAGUAUUUUACCUUCAUUUUCAAGUGUGUAAAAAUACAUCAACUAUGACGAAAAUCGAUUCACCAUACUGUCUACAUUUCACUUGGCUGGGACCAUUAUAUGACAGCAUGAGCACUGUCAAUAUUUCUUGUGAUGAUUAUGGUGGUACACCCUGUAUCGAACCAUUUAUCAUAACGACUGAUGGCAGUGAACCGAAUAUAACAUACAUAUGGGACAACUACAAUCAUUCGGUAAUUGGAUGUCCAUUGAGAUCUGGCUUUACUUGUAUAAAAUAUACGUACAUGUUUGAUAAUGUAGUGGUCAAUGCUUCAUACUUUUGUGGAAGAAUGAUAGAAGAUUCAACGUCUGCAUUGACAUCAGGAUGUUUUACAGAAAUGUCGAACGGUUACACAACAACGGCUUGUGCCUGCCAGACGAAUUCUGGAGAAACACCAUGUAAUGAAUCAACAAGAAAUAUUGCUUCUCUCUUGACUCAAUAUAUUCUAAUUCUGUUGUUGCUUAUUGAUCUUGGUUAUAUCCUGAAGAGAUGAUUCUCUGAUAUAAAUCGACGGAAGAAAUAUGAAUUUCAAUAUAAUAAUUCCCACUGCCAUGUGGCCGCUGAAAUACAA